UGUACGAAGGGCUAUAUAAAUACAUUUGAUUUGAUUUGAUUUGGAUGCUGCCCAAUGUUGACUCCAAUGCUUCCCACAGUUGGCUGGAUGUCCUUUGGGUGGUGGACUGUGCUCAUUCAACCUCUGUCUCAAUCCAUGUCUCAAUCGUUUCAAGGCUUAAAAAUCCUUCUUUAACCUGUCUCCUCACCUUCAUCAACAUUGGUUGAAGUGGAUUUAAGAGGUGACAUCAAUAAGGGAUCAUAGCUUUCACCUGGAUUCACCUGGUCAGUCUAUGUCAUGGAAAGAGCAGGUGUUCCUAAUGUUUUUACACUCAGUGUAUAUUUCAAAUAAAUAGCUAAGAAAAUAGCUACACAAACUAUUUGAGUUAACCCUGGAUAAUGAGAUAAAUGAAAUUCCACACAAGAUGAAGAAUUCCAGGUUAAUGUUCAUGAACAUCAAAUUGAUACUUACAAUGCAGAUUUCUUAACCUCCAGGGUAAAUUUUCAGACUCACAAGUUGACAGUUACCCUGUGGAUAAUGCAGAGACAGAGAGUCAGUGAAACUAUUCCACACAAGAUGAAGAACAAGGGGUUAAUGUUCAGGAACUAGCUAACUAAAUUAUACCAAAGACUAACUUACAUUGGCUGUGGUCUGUCCAUAGGCAGAUGAGGCUCCAGACCAGCUACCUUUUUAGCUAGAAAUAAUCUAGCUAGUUAGCCAGUUCUAGCUAUAUUGCUCUCAGAGAAACCCAAACCUCCACUGCAAGCAACAUUUAAAAUAAACUAGCUAGCUUUGACAAUUCAAUUACAUCCAACAUAUACAGUACAUGAUGUGGUGGCAAGCUAAAACAGCUAGCUAAAUUCAAAGGAUGCAUUUGUAAAUUCCCUCUGGCUAUCUACCCCUAUUUCAGAGUGUACCAGAGUGGUGCAGGUCAUGUUCUUCUUCACUCUGGUAAACACACACUAUAUCAAAUCAAAUCUAAGUUUAUUUGUCACAUGCACAGGAUACAGAAGGUGUAAACGGAACAGUGAAAUGGUUACUUGCAUAGUUGAGUCUUUUGUUUAGACAUGUAGUUAGUUACCUAGCUAAACAAUGAACCAUAAUCCCAACUCAUAAUGUUAAUACCUGAAUCUGCUGGUAGCUAAAGGUAACCAACUAUGGGUACUGUUCAAUGUUAGCUAGCUAUAAAUAGCAAUGCAAAUGGCUCUGAAAUAUGAAUAAUAUUACUACACAGAUCAUACAUGUAGUGUUAGCUAGUGAACCAGACAGUUAACGUUAGCUAGCUAGCUAACAGUACGCUUUAACUUGCAAUGAAAACUACUUUGACAAAAUUAGAAACGUAUAAUAUCAAAAAAUGGAGCUAGCUAGACUAUCUAUACAUGGAUGAAUGCUUCUCCCUCUCUGUCAUGGUUGCCAUGGUUUCCCUUAGUGAAACUAAACCACAAUCUCUCUCUCUCUCAUUCUCUCUUCAGGAGGGGAAAGCAGACAUGUGUAACGACACCGCAAUGAUGGUUGUGGUGGCUGGAGAGGCUCUCCCGUGGAUGGAGACCAACUUUCCAGAGCGCAAUGUCAGCCUGGGGCUCUCCACUGCCCCUCUGGACUUCCCCAUCAACCCGUGGGAUAUCAUGCUUUGCAUGUCGGGCACUGUCAUCGCCUGCGAGAACGCCAUCGUGGUGGCUAUCAUCUUCUAUACGCCAACCCUGCGCACCCCCAUGUUCGUGCUCGUAGGAAGCCUAGCCACAGCCGAUUUACUGGCAGGCAUGGGAUUAAUCCUCAACUUCGUGUUCCAGUACGUCCUCUCCUCAGAGACUAUUAGCCUUAUUACUGUUGGGUUCCUAGUGGCCUCCUUCACGGCGUCCAUAAGCAGCCUGCUGGCUAUAACAGUGGACCGGUACUUCUCUUUAUACAACGCACUGACUUACUUCUCAGAGAAGACGCUCCACUACGUGCACCUGAUGCUAGUGAGUACAUGGGGCGUGUCUCUGUGCCUGGGCCUGCUGCCUGUGCUAGGCUGGAACUGCCUGGACGACCCAAGCUUGUGUAGCAUCGUGCGCCCACUCACUCGCAGCAAUGUGACAUUGUUGGCGGUCUCUUUCUUCAUAAUCUUCAUACUCAUGCUGACCCUCUACUUCAAGAUCUGCAAGAUCGUGUGCCGCCACGCGCACCAGAUCGCUCUUCAACAGCACUUCUUCACCACAUCGCACUACGUGGCCACCAAGAAGGGCGUGGCCACGCUCGCCAUCAUUAUAGGCACCUUCGGCUCGAGCUGGCUACCCUUCGCCAUCUACUGCCUGGUGGGAGAGCGCGAAUACCCGUCGGUAUACACGUAUGCCACGCUGCUUCCGGCCACCUACAACUCCAUGAUCAACCCAAUCAUCUACGCCUACCGUAAUGCCGAGAUCCAGCGCUCGCUCUACGUCCUCUUCUGCGGCUGCUUUCAAAGCAACGUAGCCACCCACUCCAGGUCACCCAGUGAAGUUUAGAGGGGUGCUGAGUGAACAUAAGUGUGUGUGUACGUGUGCAUUUCGACAACCGACAAUUCGCUUUCAGUUGACCAUUAAAUCCUUUAAACAAAAUGUAUGUCUAACAAGCAUCUGCACUUUAUUGCGACUGAAGACAAGGACACAGUACGUCUGAAAUGCUGUGAACAACAGCUUUUGUAAAGAAAAAAAAUAUGGCAUCAUGUAUCUAUAUGAGCAAAGAAUGAAAAAACUAGCACUUUAUUGAAUGUAUUUGAAAUGCCAAAGCAGCAUUGCAUAGGCCUAUACAGUGCCUUGCGAAAGUAUUCGGCCCCCUUGAUCUUUGCGACCUUUUGCCACAUUUCAGGCU